AUGGCCCUCGUCGAGUUGGACGACGCCGACUUGGACUACCUCGCCGCGGCGACCCCAGGCAGCUCGCACUCUGGCUCCGAUCAUGGCCCACGCAGGGACGAAGAGUGCGUGGCGCCGGACGACGCCCUUGCCUCCGCCCACCACGAUCCCUAUGCCCUCCGCCGCGGAUACAAGACUCGCCAUGAGCUCGAUGCCAUCAAGCGUGCCCGGCGCAGCAAGAGCAUCAAUAGCUUCUACGAGAAGCAGAACGAUCUCAUCGUCUCCCUCCUGAAGCCUAUGGAAGAGCACACCGAGGAUGCGAAGCAGCUCACCGGGUCUCUCCAAACUCAAGUUCGAAUCGCUAUAUGGGCAAGUCUCCUGGCGAACAUCUUUCUAUGCUUCUUGCAAAUGUAUGCGGCUAUCGUUUCUGAGUCGCUGUCUCUUCUGUCUACUGGCAUCGACGCCGUGUUCGACAUGUGCAGCAACAUGCUGCUUGUCUGGCUCCAUCACAAAGCGCUGAACAUGGACAAGGACAAGUGGCCUGUCGGAGGUGCUCGGUUGGAAACCAUCGGAAACAUCCUAUAUGGGUUCCUCAUGGGUACCGUCAACAUCGUGGUAUUCAUAGAAUCCGCGCGCAGCAUGUUUGCGAGAGAAAGCGAGAAGGACACGAACGCUCUCCACCUUGCUUCGCUCAUUGAGGUCUCCGCAGCAUGGGGCGUGAAGUUCAUUCUGUUCUUGUACUGCUUUUCGCUGCGCAAGCGCUCUAGCCAAGUCCAGGUCUUGUGGGAAGACCACAGGAAUGAUUUGUGGAUCAACGGCUUCGGCGUUCUUAUGUCUGCUGGUGGAAGCAAGAUCGUUUGGUAUCUGGACCCUCUAGGAGCGAUGAUCAUUGCGCUCGGCGUCAUCAUCUCGUGGGGAAUCACUAUUCAUAGCCAGUUUGAGCUCCUGGCUGGGAAGUCUGCGCCGCACGACUUCAUCCAGCUCAUCAUCUACAAAGCUGUCACCUUCAGUGAUGAGAUCGACAAGAUCGACACCGUCCGGGCGUACCACAGCGGCCCUGACUACUUUGUCGAGCUCGAUAUAGUCAUGAACGCCGAGACCCCGCUCUGGAAGGCGCACGACAUUGGUGAGAGGCUACAGGACAAAAUAGAAGCCCUCCCAGGCGUGGAGCGCACGUUUGUCCACGUCGACCACGAGACGAACCACGCUCCGGAACACCGCAGAGCGCACUGA